AUGAGGAGCCGGCCAUUGUGUCUGUGGGAUUUCACUGGUUCACACAGGGAUGUCGUUCCUGAAGGUUAGAAACUGAGGGCUCUGACUGCAACAGCCCUUUUGUGUGCCCACAGACCUGUUGAGGGUUGGUAAACAACCUCCACGGCUGUCAGCUUAAUUUGAGUUUGAACAGCAGUUUGCGGGGGGAAACAGAGGAAGAAGCAUCAAAUCAGAGCCCGACCAAGCGUUAGUACCAGAAUGCCAUUGUGUUUAGCCGGGGCUGCAGUUUGGAGUGGUGCUUUGAUGGACACGUCACACUUUAUAAUCCACUGCUCUCAGCCCUAUUGUGCUGCUCAGAUUGUUCCCUGCGUCCCUGCAGUCCAAACGCAGCUUUUGUGAAAUUUGGGUUUUGUAGCACUAGGUCUUUCUGCAGUUCUUACACAGUGUGGUGUGGGAGAUUACACACCCUGGCCCUCCAAACCAUGACUGAUCUCAGCUCGGCCCAAUCCCUCUUUCAUUUCUCCUCUUUUCACAAGACGUUUUGUGUAAAGGCCCUCUCCCUUUCUUAGCUCAUGUCUUAUGUCUUGGUAUGAGUCUCAUUCUUCAGUUAUCAGUGCUGUAUAUGUAAUCACUGUUUUUUAUCAUGUUGACUUUAUAUACUGUAUGGGUAACUGAUAUUUUGAUGUUACUUUUGAAAUGUUCUAUAGCUGACAUUAAGUAUACAAGGAGAGGAAGACGAAACCCAAUGGAGAAUAUACACAGAGUGGACAAAACAUUAGGAACACCUUCCUAAUCUUGAGUUGCACCCCCUUUUGCCCUCAGAACAGCCUCAAUUCGUCGGGGCAUGGACUCUACAGUCGUGGUCAAAAGUUUUGAGAAUGACACAAAUACUAAUUUUCACAAAGUCUGCUGCCUCAGUUUUGAUGAUGGCAAUUUGCAUAUACUCCAGAAUGUCAUGAAGAGUGAUCAAAUGAAUUGCAAUUAAUUGCAAAGUCCCUAUUUGCCAUGAAAAUGAACUUAAUCCCCCAAAAACAUGUCCACUGCAUUUCAGCCCUGCCACAAAAGGACCAGCUGCCAUCAUGUCAGUGAUUCUCUCGUUAACACAGGUGAGAGUGUUGACGAGGACAAGGCUGGAGAUCACUCUGUCAUGCUGAUUGAGUUAGAAUAACAGACUGGAAGCUUUAAAAGGAGGGUGGUGCUUGAAAUCAUUGUUCUUCCUCUGUUAACCAUGGUUACCUGCAAGGAAACAUGUGCCGUCAUCAUUGCUUUGCACAAAAAGGGCUUCACAGGCAAGGAUGUUGCUGCUAGUAAGAUUGCACCUAAAUCAACCAUUUAUCGGAUCAUCAAGAACUUCAAGGAGAGAGGUUCAAUUGUUGUGAAGAAGGCUUCAGGGCGCCCAAGAAAGUCCAGCCAAGCGCCAGUACCGUCUCCUAAAGUUGAUUCAGCUGCGGGAUCGGGGCACCACCAGUGCAGAGCUUGCUCAGGAAUGGCAGCAGGCAGGUAUGAGUGCAUCUGCACGCACAGUGAGGUGAAGACUUUUGGAGGAUGGCCUGGUGUCAAGAAAGGCAGCAAAGAAGCCACUUCUCUCCAGGAAAAACAUCAGGGACAGACUGAUAUUCUGUAAAAGUUACAGGGAUUGGACUGCUGAGGACUGGGGUAAAGUCAUUUUCUCUGAUGAAUCCCCUUUCCGAUUGUUUGGGGCAUCCGGAAAACACCUUGUCCGGAGAAGAAAAGGUGAGCGCUACCAUCAGUCCUGUGUCAUGCCAACAGUAAAGCAUCCUGAGACCAUUCAUGUGUGUGGUUGCUUCUCAGCCAAGGGAGUGGGCUCACUCACAAUUUUGCCUAAGAACACAGCCAUGAAUAAAGAAUGGUACCAACACAUCCUCCGAGAGCAACUUCUCCCAACCAUAACUAGGUGGCUCGGGGAACAAAACAUCGACAUUUUGGGUCCAUGUUCAGGAAACUCCAGACCUUAAUCCCAUUGAGAACUUGUGGUCGAUCCUCAAGAGGCGGGUGGACAAACAACAACCCACAAAUUCUGACAAACUCCAAGCAUUGAUUAUGCAAGAAUGGGCUGCCAUCAGUCAGGAUGUGGCCCAGAAGUUAAUUGACAGCAUGCCAGGGCGGAUUGCACAGGUCUUGAAAAAGAAGCGUCAACACUGCGAAUAUUGACUCAUUGCAUAAACGUAAUGUAAUUGUCAGUAAAAGCCUUUGACACUUAUGGAAUGCCUGUAAUUAUACUUCAGUAUACCAUAGUAACAUCUGACAAAAAUAUCUCAUAACACUGAAGCAGCUAACUUUGUGAAGACCAAUACUUGUGUCAUUCUCAAAACUUUUGACCACGACUGUACAAGGUGUCGAAAGCAUUCCACAGGGAUGCUGGCCCAUGUUGACCCCAAUGCUUCCCACAGUUGUGUCAAAUUGGAUGUCCUUUUGGUGGUGUACCAUUCUUGAUACACAUGGGAAACUGUUGAGCAUGGAAAACCCAGCAGCGUUGCAGUUGUUGACACACUCAAACCGGUGUGCCUGGCACCUACUACCGUAUCUCGUUCAAAGGCAAUUCAAUAUUUUGUCUUGCCUAUUCACCCUCUGAAUGGCACACAUACACAAUCCAUUGCUGGUUUGUCUCAAGGCUUAAAAAUCCUUUCUUUAACCUGUCUUAAUAUACACUGAUUUGAAGUGGAUUUAACAAGUGACAUCAAUAAGGGAUCAUAGCUUUCACCUGGAUUCACCUGUUCAGUCUAUGUCAUGGAAAGAGCAGGUGUUCCUAAUGUUUUGUACACUCAAUGUAUGCGUUUGUGUGCUUUUUUACACAGUAGGCGUUGCCUUUUAGUCAAUAAGACUGUUAUUGCUUUAUGGAAGAAGUAUAUAUUGUCCUUUCCUUUUGCCCUUUCGAGGAAUAUGUCGAUUCAUUGAUGUCUUGCCAUUGUCUGAUCAGUCCAUCAAACAGGCAGAAUGUGUGGAGGCGGAGGCAAUAUAAGAUUUGAGUCAUGUUGCUACACAAUUUGUCCUCUGUAUCAUACAAUAUAUGUCGAUAGAAAUUAUAAUUAUCCAAAUAUUUCUCUUUAGACUUGAGUAAUUAGUGAUAUUUUCUAAUACCUUAAUUUAGAGAUAUUUAGAUCUCAUUGGCCAAAAUCGGAAGUAUUUACCUACUUUCAUUAUCUUUUAAUUAAAUGGUAUAAUUCAGGGCUGCUACAAAAAUGCAUACAAAUAUUUGUAUCAUAUUAUUUGAUUAAAGGUUUAAAAGUAAACACUUGAUUCCAAUAUUUGGGUAGUUUUAAUCAUAAUUAACAUUUUAAACUUUCACAAAGUUAUAAUUCACAGCUUUCAAUUGUCUUAUAUGUUACCCUUUUUUAGUUGAGGAAUAAUAAUAAUAAUAUAAUAUGCCAUUUAGCAGACGCUUUUAUCCAAAGCGACUUACAGUCAUGUGUGCAUACAUUUUUUGUGUAUGGGUGGUCCAUACACAAAAUUGGUCACUCUACAGGAGGUUGGAUUUAGUCUGUAAAAUAUUAUACUUGUACAAUUUUAGUUAUUUCUUCAGAGGUGUUUUCGUAUUUGGAUCUCAUAUAGCAAUUUGUAACACAUGAAAUGAAAAAUGUUCUAUAUGAAACUAAAGCAUCCAAACAUACAUCACUGUCAAUGGAAAAUGCUUCCAUUAAAUCAGUCAAAACAGGCUGUGAAGUAGUACACAUUUUAAAAAGCCACCGUCAAGGCUACAACAAAUGAAAUAUACACUAUGCGCUAGAACACCAUUCCUGUCAAACAAUAAGCCCUAAUUUGUUCCUGUGUUCUCCUUCAGGUCCUCCCAACAACCACCACAGUCAGUCUCUGCGGCCGCCGCUCCCUCCUCCCCACAACCACCACCAGUCGUCGGCCAACUCCCUGAACCGCAACACCCUGGCCAGCCGCCGCGGCCCAACCCAUGCCCCCUCGGCGGCCCCCGGGGAGGGCCCCUCCACGCCAGAGUCAGUCCAGCUCCAGGACAGCUGGGCGCUGAACAGCAGCGUGCCCCUGGAGACCAGGUCAGUCACACUGUCUCCCUGCCUGCCUGUCUGCCAUCCGUUCAUGUUUGGACAUAUUUAUCCAAGUGACAAAGGUCUUUACCUUAAACCUAAAGGCUCUGGUCAGGUUUGUGGGUGCCCUCUGCCCAGCUGCUAGAGCUCUGAACUCAACACCCCCUCCUGCCGUUGCCCAUCUUCCCACACAGCCACACUGGCACACAGGCAGAGGCCCUGCCUGCUGCUCUCGCUCUCUGGUGUUCUGGUAGAUGGAAGCUGGUGCCCUCCUCUCUCCCUCUGUUCUGUCUUCUGUUUGGUGUGUGAUUGCCCGGCUCCUGCUGGUUUGUGGGUCGCUCCUCUAUGUUCCCAGAUCACACCCCAAACACGCCGCAUGCACAAUUCAUGAGGCCGGGACUACAGGGCGUGUCUCUUUAGAUGUUUUAUUCACCAGGAGCACAGGCGCAGCUCCUGCUACUCCUGCUACUGCCGGGCGCCUUCAUCUACCUGCUCCCUCCUCUCCAGUCACAGCCAGCAUGCCUCUACUGAGUGAGGAAAUCAGUUUGAAAAAAGAGUUAUACUAUUGGAACUCCAAAUGAUGAUAUACUGUGCACAGUAUAGAUAUUUAUCAAUGUUUCUCAAUUCCAUAAUGUUAGCUGAGAUACGCAGGAAUAACGAGACAGUGUUCAGGAUGUUAGGGUUGUAUUUCCUGAUUUGGUGUCCUAGCAGCAUGAGUUUUUAGGCCAGACGUUUCCCCAAACGUCUCCAGUAUGGUGGUUUGUUAGUUAGUUUAUUAGGUUUUAUGACUUCCCUUUCUACCGUGGACAGCAACCCAAUUUCCUCUUCCUAGUCCUACACUUUACACAGACAGCUAUAUACACAUACACAUUCACACAAAUGCACACAAACGCCAAAUACAAACAAACAAAACAGUACAAAAACACUGCGUCUAUUCCCUCACUAUCUUCUCCCCCUAGUGCUCCUUGCCCUUUUCUCCUCUCCCCCCUUCUGUGUCUCCUCUUCUCUCUUCCCUCUCUCCCUGCCCCCUCAUUGCCUGUUCUCAGCAGGCAGAUUAAUAUAGCUUCUGUCGGGGCAUAUGGGCCUGACCUCACACACUUCAGUUCAUAAUUCUUUGUCUUUCAGAUGCCCCUGUCUAGGGCGUCUUGCAGCGCUAGCACUUUUACUUAGUUUCACCCAUUAAUACUGCUUGGUCUUUAUAGAGUCUCCCUCAUAGGCACAAAACAGCAUUUCAUCUGGGACCUGACCCUUUACCCUGUGACCUGGAACCACCUGCCAUGCUGUCCAUCAUACCACUGCUGGAGAUAAUAUAACUCAUACAGUACAUUCAAACACACACGCACACGCACACGCACAUGCUCUCUCUCUCUCUCUCUCUCUCUCACACUCACACUCACACACACACACACUUGGGUUUGGCUUGGAAAAAUCAUUUUUUUUGCAAUGGAGCAAAUCAACUGUAAGCUUACCAUAUUGCACAUGACUACAGUAGAAAGACACAUAACAUAGUGCAGGGGUUUUGAAACUUGGGUCCGGGGACCCCUAGGAGGUACUGCAGGAGUCCGCAAUUUUAUUGAAUACAUUUUUGGGAUUUUUUAUAUGAAAAAUAUGAAUAUCGCUAGCUACAACAUAAUACCAUUGUAGAUAACAGUUUUAUCUCUCUGCGUCCAGUAUGAAAUAAGUUAGAGGUAGUUUCACGAACCAAUGCUAACUAGCAUUAGAGCGUUGUUCAUCCAACUCUGGGGAAGUAGAUAAAUGGCUUCAUUGCCAAAAUCUCAAACUAUCCCUUUAAUAUGGAGGAAAUUACAGUCAUUGGAGCUAAUUACUGUUUUUCUUCUGUAUAUAAAAUUCUUAGGCGGGCCGUCUAAGUGGUCAUUUUUGGGAUGGAAAAACAGUUUCAGUGUCAACUUAAACGACCAAAACCAGAUAGAAAGCAUGCAGAAAAGAUAUUGAACUAUAUAUAUUUUUUUAUAAAACAAUCUUUGAAAACUAAGAAUCGAAUAAAAGCUAGACAGUCAAGGAAAAUCCAAAAUUAAAUAAAAAUGGCAUUCAGGGCACAUGCCCAUUGAUUUUGUUGUAAUGUUUGAGCAGAGGAACACAGCAUUAGACAUGGCAAAAUGCAUAGAAUUGCAGGAAAUUAGCUUUAAAGCUGCAGAAUUGUCUCUCAGCUCCAUGCCAAACUGUGUAGGAUUGCUGGAAAUUAACUUCAAAUCUGCCGCAGUUCAAUGGAAAGAUUUGAAGAAUUGCAGACAAUUACCUUUAAAACAGCUAAAUGUUCUCGCCACUGCCAAGAUACCUUUACCUUUCUAGCUAAUAGGCUAUGUUAGAGUUGACACUUCCUCUUCCAAUUUAACUGUGGGGUGGUCAAAAUAAUGAAACUGUCUACCAAAUCUAUUAAUUUAAAAAAUAUAUAUUACUUAUACUUGCCAUUAUCAUUCACCUUUUUGCUAACAUAUGAUGGGGGUACCUGGGUCGCCAGUUUGCAUGGGCAAGAAAAGUUUGAAAACCACUGUCAUAGUACAAUAUUUUAUAUAAUUCCCUCAUGAAAUGCUUGCCCUAGUCUUUAUGUGCCAUGGAACUAGAGUGCAUAAAUGAGCAGCAAAAAUGUUCAGGGUGACAUCGAUGUUAUCUAUAAAGGAUCCAUAUUUUGUUGUGUUACAAAGUGGGAUUAAAAUGGAUUUAAUUGUAAUUAUUUGUCAACAAUGUACACAAUACUCUUUAAUGUCAAAAUGGAAGAAAAAUGUGUACAUUUAAAAAAAAAGAUUAAUACAAAUGUAAUAACUAAAAUAUAGUUGUUGCAUAAGUCAAUGCAUGUUAGAAACAAAUUUGGCAUCGAUUACAGCUGUGAUUCUUCUUGGGUAAGUCAAAAGAGCUGCACACCUGGAUUGUGCAAUAUUUGCCCAUUUCUUAUUUUCAAAAUUCUUCAAGCUCUGUCAAGAUGUUGGGGAUCAUGGCUAGAUAGCAAUUUUCAAGUCUUGACAUAGAUUUUCAAGCAGAUUUAAGUCAAAACUUUAACUUGGCUACUAAGGAACAUUCACUGUCUUCUUGGUAAGCAACUCUGGUGUAGAUUUGGCCUUGUGUUGUAGGUCUUUCUUUGCUGUGUUUUUUGCCGUAUUACUUUAGUGCCUUGUUGCAUACAAGAUGCAUGUUUUGGAAUAUAUAUUUUUUCUGUGUAUUUGUAUUCUUCUUUGCACUCAUUUAGGUCCCUACAAUGUUGUUGAUCCAUCCUCAGUAUUCUCCCAUCACAGCCAUUAAACUGUAGCUAUUUUAAAAUCACCAAUUGCCUCAUGAUAACAUCCCUUAGCAGUUUCAACCCUGUCCUGCAGCUCAGUUCAGAAGGACGACUGUAUCUUUGAUGUGUCUGUUUGGUUUAAUACAUAAUCCACAGCAUAAUUAUUUACUUGACCAUGCUUAAGAGAUAAUCAAUGUCUGAUGUGUCAUUGUUACCCAUCUACCAAUCACUGCCCUUCUUUAUGAGGCUAUUGAAAAGUUCCCUGGUCUUUGUAGUUGAAUCUGUGCUUGAAAUUCAAUAUUUGACUGAGGGACCUUCCAGAUGUUGUAUGUAUGAAGGACAGAGGAAGGGUCAGUCAUUCAAACAUCAUGUCAAUCCCUAUUAUAUCACACAGAGUGUCCAUGUAACUUAUUCUGUGAUUUGUUAAGCCACAUUUUAAUCCUGAACUAAUUUAGGCUUGCCAUAACAAAGGGGCUGAAUACUUAUGCAGUGACUAUAUUUUAGUUAUGAAUGUUUUAUUUAUCUUAAAAAAUAUAUAAAAAUGACAUUACAGAGUACUUUGUGUAGAUUGUUGACAAAAAAAGGACUAUUAAAUCCAUUUUAAUCCCACUUAGUAGCACAAUAAAAUGUGAAGAAAUCCAAGGGGUCUGAAUACUUCUGCAAGGCACUGUAAAUCUGUCAUACUCUAGGGUCCAGUCUCAUCACAUUCCAGAAAUUGUGAAUUGAAAUGAAAUAAUAAAAAAUCCAUUAUCCUGAGAGGUGAGCUGAGUCACUGCCCGGUCCGCUCUCUCCCUGUAUCCCAAUGGGCUUGUUUGAGACGUCUGGACCAUUCCUCUCUCUCUCUCACUCUCUUCCUCUCUCUCUCUAUCUGCAGAUUGAAUGUCCUCCUCCAGCAGUCGAUUUCUGCUGAGGAGCCCUGAAAUUAAACAGGUUGGGGGAGAUAAAAAAUCACAAAGUGUAGCGAGUAGCGGCCACCUGUGCAAUGGUGCUGUAGGACUAUAGGUGUUCCUCCCUAUAUUCUCAACAACAAUGUGCAUGUAUGAGCCGAGCCCUACUAGUGUAUGUAUUAGACAAUACUCAUGAGCAGUCUGCUCAUGUAAUAUGAAGACCAAGCCACUGAUUAUUAUGGUGCCGUAUUAGUAUGUUCAUGGCAUCUUUAUUGAAAUGCAUUAUGCACUAUUAAUGGCUGCCAUGUUAAAUGGUAGCGUUUGAAGCUUGUUCAAUUUCCAAAUGGAGACCUAAUGUGAAAUGCCUUUUUUCACUGUUUCAACCCCACUGAGACCCAGUUUCUUAACCGUGAGCUCUGUCUAGGAGAGACAUCUUCUGAGAAUAAGAUAUUUUUCUCUGUGUUCAACUGCGGCAUUGUGGUUGCUAUCCUGUCAGAUUUAGUUUUGUUGUUGUGGAAGUCUUCAAACGUUGAUUGAUUCUAUUCUAUUUGACAGUUUUAAAAAAAAAUGACAUAUACACACACACAGUACAUACAUUUUAAAAACUAGUCUGGGAUAACAAAAUAAAGUCAAUGACUUAUUUUUAUUGUGGUCCCUUAAAGUGCAUGGUGCAAUACACUACAUAAAUACAAUUAAAUGUAUUGCACAAUUGCAAGGUCACUUGAAGAGUUAACUUAAAUUCCUUCUGAAGGUAGUAAACAAAAUGAUCCAGCCACACUAGGGGGGUUCAACUCCCGAACCUUUUGAUGUUGCUUUUUAUUAGAUUAGAUUGACUGACUCUGGCACCGUCGGUAUGGUCAGGAUGGUUCAGUGUGUUAGCACCCAGCUCAAUGUGUUGCCGUGGUUGCACCUUGCAGACAGACCUGGCCCUGCCUGCCUGAUAUUCUGGAGGUAUUGGUAUUGAGAGAGAAGCAACCAGAACAUCCAACAGUUCAGCCCUCCGUGCCUUGAAUGCCAAACAGGGUUCAUUACAUAAAUUCUUAUGCUACAUUUCUGUUGCCCUUGAUAGCUUUACCAUUAUGUCCUGGCAUGUCUGGUAGAAUACUAAUAGAGCUAGACUCCAGUUGAAUUCCUGUUCAUUAUCUGUAAAAUCUCCAUUUACUCGUUAAUUGCGCUGGCUUUACACGCCCUCCCCCAGGAUGAGAGAAGUGUUUACUGUGAAAGAGAGACUAUGAACACAGUUUUGUCUUGCUGUUUUGUUUUGUUCUGUUUGACUUGGUUUGUAUUCAUCUGUGGUUUUGUUUAACUGUCUGUGUGGGAUAAACUCCUCUGAGUGGCAUGUUGUGGCCAAUUUACAAACAGGAGCAGGAAGGAAAGAAAAUACUUUCACCAUUAGUGCUAUUUAAAAUGAUGAUAGAUUAACAUCUGGAUAAAAUAAAUAAACAAAAAGGCAAAAAGUCUCACCUGAAAGAAAAUAGUUUUUUGGGGUGUUCUUAUUCAAAUGAAGCUUUGAUGCUGGCUCUCCUCUUUUAAAAAUGUAAUAACUGCUGAAUAGGACAUUUAUUUUUACUAUUGACUGAUUUGGAUACAAACGGCCUUCUUUGUCAUGUCAGGACAGAGAAUAUUAUAUGCUCUUCUAUGUUGUGAUAAUAUUGUGUUGUUUCAUUCAGGUGGUAAUACCCACACAUUAUCAACUGUGAUAUCAUCCAACUCAUCUCAUCUCUUGUGUGCUUGCCAAAGCUAUCUCUGACGACGGCUAUACGACUUGUGCCCUGGUGAAUAAAAUAUGAUUGAUUUAUGGAUUCAUUUUCCUGCCGCCUGCUAUGGUGCAAUUAACAUGCAUCUAGUUGAGAGGAUAUUCUCUCCACUAACACGGUGUGACGUGAUGGCCGUGGCCAGCCGCCUGCCUGUCACCAAGGGACAGGUCAUUAAUCAGGCAGUGUCGGCGGGCAGGCCAGGGUAAGGGGCAGGGCGCUAACCUCAGCCAUGUUUUCAUUAGUGCACAUACACAGCCGUCAGGAGGGGCCGCUCCCAGUGUAACACCUUCUCAGGUUGCCGCGGUGACACCUCUUUUCACUGUCUUCAUCCCCCUUUGGUAUAUACAGAGGAGGAGGUAUAGAGGGUGAUACUCUGAGGAACCAUAAUGGCCAUCUGGAAAGUCAGCAUAUGUGCAUCGUGUUAGGCUGAACUCAUAUUUAACACAAGCAAAAUGGGGAUCAACCAAACAUACGUAUAUCAAUCAUAUUUUUGGAUGUCAUCCCUUUGAUCGCCGCUAUACAGCCAUAUACAGUAUAUUCAAUAUAUUAUGUUCAGACAAACCAUUCCUGAAGGUGUUUAUUUCACUUCACAUGAGAUUGUUAGAGUGAAUUGAAUGUUGAUUAUUAGGUCACAUGUUGCAGACCUUGGGAUUAGUUGAUCUCAUCAGCGAGCCAUCAUUUGAUAUUAACUGAUAAUUGGGUAGACAGGCAAGUCAGCCCACUUUAUCAUCACUAUUCCAGGGUGAGGAAUGCCGAUACACAAUCAAAAUGGCUAUGAAAACAGGCUGUUGCCUUGAGCAGGUUUCACAGUUGACCUUGCCUGCAUGUAAAUCCCAAUGUAAGACUGAUCAGAAAUGUAACGACUGAGCGAGACACAUCGAGGUAAGACCUUGAGUUAUGAGAUGUGCGCACGCCUCCUACAGCUUGUUUGUGCAUACAACCAGUUUUUUUUUCUUCUCUCACUCCUCCUCACUUUGUCUCUCACUCAUAUCUAAGUCGUUCUGUUCCUUUCUCACCCCAUGAAAUUAUUUCUGAGCUGACGCUGUCAUUUGGACACAGACCACCAAACCGGUGAAUUGAGAAUUGACGGUCAAUCCAUUUGUUACUCUCUCUGCUGCUUCCCCUUACCUACUUCAAAGAAGAGCUCUUUCCCUUUACAACACAUAUAGUCGAUUUAACAGACAUCUUUGACAGAUUUCCUACUUAUUUCUAAUGUUAAUUCCCAGACCUUUUGUUACAAGUCAUCCUUGGUGUUCUCCAUCGGUUCUUCGGUUGGUUGAGAGAUGGGCUGUGGAGAGCCUGUUCGUGUUGAUGUCAGUCUUCUACGGCUAGGAUUGGUCAGACACCAGCUCAGGAGUUGAGACGCGUAAUUGGUAGAUAUGCACCAUUGAUCUAGUCACUACUUCUCCAAUUGAGGAGAGGAGAAGAAACUGUCCUUUUGUUGUGUGUGAGUGAAUAGAAGAGAAAUUGAGUUUUUUGAGGCGAGAGAGGAGUGACACCAUGAUGAUUGAUGCGGGGGGUUGUGGACUUCCUUCCCAGUCCGGGCUGGAGCUGUGGAACGAGAUCUGAGAGGAGAGUGUUUUUGGGUUCAGUGUGGGGCAGCAGCUUGUGAGAGCUUCCGACCGGCAUCAAAGCGGCACGGUCAACUGUCUUCCACUUUCAUCCCCAUCCCAUCUGCCUCCUCGUAGACCUCCCCGCGGGGUCUGCCACCCACCUGGCACAGGCCAGCAUUGCACUGGCCUGGCACUGGGGUCUGCCCGUAGCCAAGCUGGGCACUGGACACGGCCCACAGAGUCAAACCGACGGCAAUGAGGUGCUGGGGGAGAGAUACUGUUGAAGCGGACUCCUUUAGCUACAGUAUUUACUAAUCUUCACAUUGGUAUAUAUGCAGAAUGUUGUUGUCGUGCAAGACGGGUAGAAAUUAGACUGCUGAUGACGAAGAAGCAGUUGAUUUUUAUCCUUAGCCUAAGCACUAACCAUGAUAAUGAGUAUAAUAAUGAAAUGCCAGGAAGGAGAUCAUCUUUAUAUUCUGAAUGCUUUUAGCUGUAUAAUUCAGUGUCCUUAGACCGCUUUGAGUAGCGUGAAUAAGAAAAUCAAUGCAGGUGAAUAAUUGCUGGUAGAAUAUAGAGGGGCACUUCAUUGCUCCAGAUGUCCCAUUAUAUUCUGAAAGCUACUGUUCACUCCAACACAAUUUGCACAUUCUAUUGGCAAUAGAGACCCUGUAGCAGCUGAUUGUAACUCUGUGUGUCCGCCUCUUUCUCUCUCCUUUCCCUUUUCUCUCCUUCGCUGUAGGCACUUCCUGUUUAAAACCCCAUCUGGGACCACUCCCCUGUUCAGCAGCUCGUCUCCAGGGUACCCCCUGACGUCUGGGACCGUCUACUCCCCCCCACCGCGGCUGCUACCCAGAAACACCUUCUCCAGGAGCUCCUUCAAGCUGAAUAAACCCUCCAAGUACUGCAGCUGGAAAUGUGCUGCCGUGUCGGCCAUCGCUGCUGCCGUCCUGCUGGCCGUGCUGCUCUCCUACUUCAUAGGUAGGCAACGGUACACUUCAGAACAGUACUGUAGGCCCCCUUGUUAUAGUGAUAUGCUAUCUGCUAUCAGAUUGGCUUGGCUCAUAUCACCUGUUUGGGAAUGAACUGGAAAAUAUUCCACCUGAAAAUCAAGGGUACCAUAGGCCUAUCAAAAUAAUGAUAUUAAAAUUCAUAGAUACUUGACAUGGAAAAGGAAUUGCUAGAACCUUGCACAUAUAUCAUAAUUAGCUUGACAUUUGACACACAAUGAAUCAGUACGUGCCGUUUUGCAUAUUAUGUUGGUUAUUAUAAAAUGGAAUAUGUAUUCAUGCUCAUGACAAAUGUAUGACCGUGGAUGAAGCACAUUGAAAGAACAGGCUAUAUGAACACUCAACCUACUCUAGCCUUACUCCGUGAUCGGUUUCAUCCCACAAUAUUUACUAUGAGCAUUUUGUUUUGUGAGGUAACGAUUUAUAGUCAGAAUGAGGCCUCUCAGGCAGUGUUCAGAUCUGACAUGCUGAUUGUGAGUCAUCGCAGCACUGCUGUUAGCUCCCCACACCAGGCUGAGAGAGGGAGCCUGUCGCUCCCCAAGCCUUGCUCCUCAGAGGACUGUGGACACAGUCGAUACUGAGGCGUAGAGCGCUAGAGUGAGAGAGGGAGCGGAGCCCACUGCAGGAGGGUUGGAAAAUAAGAGCAAACACAUCAAAGGGCUUUGAUGAGCUGAUCAAGAGCCUCACUGUGGUCGUGUAGCUCAGUUGGUAGAGCAUGGCGCUUGCAAUGCCAGGGUUGUGGGUUCGAUUCCCACGGGGGGCCAGUAUGAAAAAAAUAUAUAUAUAUAUAACAUGUCUGCAGUGGAGAGCUCAGUAACUCACUAACUGUAAGUCGCUCUGGAUAAGAGCGUCUGCUAAAUGACUAAAAUGUCACAUAAUAACAGCUAAGGCCAAUCUCCUGUGGGGGGGGUUGCCUGAAGAUGUUGUAUUAAGGGCUCUGUGUGGUAGAAACCGAUACAUUAGUUGUGGUGGCCAAGCUUAUGUGGUUUUCGGUCGACUUCACCCUGCUUUCAGGGCUUCACUGUUUGGAAUUGCAAUGUUUGUGGAUAUAUUUAUUCACUGUGAGAUUGCGUUGACACGUUUGUCCUUUUCAAAGCUGGAGAGACACACACAGAGGGGGAGAAAAAACAGAGAGAGAGAGGGAGAGCUGUCUCAUUGUCUCUGGGCAGCCAUGGGUGGAAGCUGGCUGUGUGUGUGCACUGGUGUGUGGUGCGUGGUGAAACUCCCCCAUUACCUGUGGGAUUAUGUUUCGCAUGGCGUGGCACUCAGGCACACCGAGGGAGGGAGGCAAGGCCACCACUCAGCAGGCAGAGUGCUCUGUAUCCCAGCGCGGGGAUGGGGUUCGAGGCUUUACGGGCUGAGCGGUUCUGAUCCAGCCCCCGGGCCAGGCCAAUACUCAGUGGGCCUGGACUUCUGAGCAGAACCGGCCCCUGUGCGUGCGUGCAAGCUGCAGAAAGAAAUGUGACCGUGGCUUUUUACAAACAAACAAAUCUGGGCGGCUGCACCUGAGCUCUCCACUGCAGACACAGCCAUAGCCACAGACUACACAGAGAGAGGCCCAGACUCUGUUUACGUACCUGGGAGAUCUGCACUAAUGCAUCUGAAAACGCAGCAGUCAGACAAAUAUAGGUUAUUUCUGUUUCCCUCUUCCAUAAGUGUCUAAAAAAUUAUGCUGUCUGUCCUUUUUUUGAACUCCACAAUUAGUAUUUGAAGAGAACUUCUCUCAGAGACUCAAGACAAAGAAUAUGCUCUGAAAGAGUUGAAUGCUAGUCUCUGUUUGAGUCUGCGUAGCAGCAUGCCUCUUAACCCAAUACACUUGUGGGAUAGGACUAAAUUGAAAUGUUUCUUACAGAAGAAAUAUGGAAAGCGUAUGCAUAAACCAUGGUAGCAAAGAGGAAUCGAUAUAGGUUCUAAUCUCGUCUUUAUGUGCAUUUUACAUUGACUGUACAUUUCGCCACAUUUGUUGAUAACGAAAUCUGUAAAUACUCUGGAUACAUUCAGUAACAUGACUCGACUAUUCCUGUAAAAUGUGGGGUAGGUGCAACAUAAGACAAACAAUUGACAAGGGUUUGAGUGAGAGGACUAGCUGGAGUCUCCAAGUGGCCACACACCUCUCCAAAGUGUGCACAGUUCCUACGUCAUUUUAAUCCACCUUUAUGACUCAAAGAAGAGUCUUCAACUAUAAGGUGCUAUUUUGAGCUCUCCUAGCUGUGCUGUUGAGGAACUAGAGCAAGCAGACUUGUAGUUGUUGUCUUUGGAACACAGCCCUGCAUCCCCGCCUACACAAUUACUGUUGUUGUUUACACAUUCCAAAAACAGUCCAUUAUAAAUCGCAAUCUGGUCAGGUGGGCAUCAUUUGAAAGCGUGUUCUAUUGCCAACAUGGCUAGCUAGUUAAAUUACUAAAUACGAUCUUACAGUGUUAGGCUUUCACAAGGCAAUUCAGAGAAGCAGAUCCUAAUUUUGGUGCAUUCAGAUGCGUGUUCCCCGCCAAAGUUCUUCACAAUACAACAAACAGGCUCAUUCUGUUCAGGACAACCCAGGGUAUAAGGCCAUGUCAUCUUGUAACUGUACAUCAAACAUAGUGAUCAUAGACGUUGACACUAUAUUACGAGUUUUAUGAUAUGGAAAUGGGAAGUGCACAUUUGGACUAACCAGGUGUUUGGCUUGUAUGACAUCAAAGCGGUAUUUAUUAUAAUUCUCAAUGUCUCAUCUUUCAACAUACAUCGAUUCCUCUUUAAUGACAGCGUUUCCCUCACUCAGACAACAACACAUUUGCAAAAGUUGCCCAAUUAGUGGGAGGGAUCGGGGCAACGUCUUGUCACACGCGGUGUUCACGUUCAGAAUCGCUGUCAGUCGAAACCAAUACUGCACUGUGAAGAUGAGACCUUGAGCUCUGACGUCAUGAGUAGCAUGUUGUUGUACAGCCACUGCGGUCCAAUUUAGGCACAGUGUCCAUAUCUGCUAUUUUGAACCCGUAUACGGGUACGAGUGUAAAGAGCUACUGGGCCAAUCACAGGGCCGUUGUUACAUCAUGAAAGACUGACACCCACCAAUUGUCCUUGUAUCUCUCCACUCGUCCAUUCCUCUAAAGACACUUGUUUGCCACAAAGGUGUUUUUAUAAUCCUUGUGUUUUGUUUGGAAACACACUCGCUCACAGACCUACCGCAUCCAAGGGGCUGAGAGGUUUACUGUUGCUAGGACACAGGUGAGGUGAGCAGGCCUGAUGCAAGCCGAGCAGGUCUAGCAUCAUUAUGCUAGGUGGGGAUGGCGAUGGGGAGUGGAGAGCCCUGCUGCUGCUGCCUCCUGCGUCUUUCUCUCUCUCUCUCUCUCUCUCUCUCUCUCUCUCUCUCUCUCUCUCUCUCUCUCUCUCUCUCUCUCUCUCUCUCUCUCUCUCUCUCUCUCAUUUCUUAAAGGACAGCAGGUCUAAUUUACACUAAUUGGUGAACGAGGAUGAAAGGAAGAGAUAAAUGAUGAGUAUGUCUAGGCUUAGCUAUCCACCUCCCAAACACCCUUUUGAUAUAGGUUCUACUCUUAUCCCCUUAGUUACAGUGCAUUCAAAAAGUAUUCAGACCCCUUAACUUUUUCUACAUUUUGUUAUGUUACAGCCUUACUCUAAAAUGGAUUAAAAAAUAAAAAUAAUCCCUCAUCCAUCUACACACAAUACCCAAUAAUGACAAAGCAAAAACAGGUUUUUAGAAUUCUGUGCAACUUUAUACAACAUUUAAAACUGAAAUAUGACAUUUACAUAAGUGUUCAAACCCUUUACUCAGUACUUUGUUGAAGCACCUUUGGCAGCGAUUACAGCCUCGAGUCUUCUUGGGUGUAACACUAUAAGCUUGCCACACCUGUAUUUGGGGAGUUUCUCCCAUUCUUCUCUGCAGAUCCUCUCAAGCUCUGUCAGGUUGGAUGAGGAGCGUCGCUGCACAGCUAUUUUCAGGUCUCUCCUGAGAUGUUCGAUCGCGUUCAAGUCCAGGCUCUGGCUGGGCCACUCAAGGACAUUCAGAGACUUGUCCCAAAGCUACUCCUGCGUUGUCUUGGCUGUGUGCUUAGGGUCGUUGUCCUGUUGAAGGUGAACCUUCGCCUCAGCUAGCCGGUGCCCUCGACAGAUUAGCACAGUACCCCCUGUAAUUAGCCUCCCUGUCAUUCUAUGUUAUCCUCCUACUGCAUUUAUUUUUACUUCUGCUUCUUUUUUCUCACUUUUUGUUGUUUUUACUCUUUUUUUUUAAAAAUCCUGGUAAGGGCUAAGUAAGCUUUCACGUAAUUCUGCCUGUGUAUCCGCAUGUGACCAUAAAAUUUAUUGAUUUGAGGUGCUAGCGCUCUGAGCAGCAGACUAUCUGAUUUGCUCGUCAUCUUACCAUCCUGACUAGUCUCCUACUCUGAAAAAACCCACAGUGAGCCACCCCUUGCUUGAUGGUAUUGGCCAGGUGAUGAGCGGUGCCCGGUUUCCUCCGGGCUGUCAUGUGCCUUUUACUGAGGUGUGGCUUCCGUCUGGCCACUCUAACAUAAAGGCCUGAUUGGUGGAGUGCUGCAGAGAUGGUUGUCCUUCUGGAAGGUUCUCCCAUCUCCACAGAGGAACUCUGGAGCUCUGUCAGAGUGACCAUCGGAUUCUUAGUCACCUCCCUGACCAAGGCCCUUCUCCCCCAAUUGCUCAGUUUGGCUGGGCGGCCAGCUCUAGGAAGAGUCUUGGUGGUUCCAAACUUCUUCCAUUUAAGAAUGAUGGAGGCCACUGUGUUCUUGGGGACCUUCAAUGCUGCAGAAAUGUUUUGGUACCCUUCCCCAGAUCUGUGCCUCAACACAAUCCUGUCUCGGAGCUCUUCAGACAAUUCCUUCGACCUCAUGGCUUGGUUUUUGCUCAGACAUGCACUGUCAACUGUGGGACCUUAUAUAGACAGGUGUGUGCCUUUCAAAAUCAUGUCCAAUCAAUUGAAUUUACCACAGGUGGACUCCAAUCAAGUUGUAGAAACAUCUCAAGGAUGAUCAAUGGAAGCAGGAUGCACCUGAGCUCAUUUUCGAGUCUCAUAGCAAAGGGUCUGAAUACUUAUUUAAAUAAGGUAUUUCUGUUUUUAUUUUUAAUACAUUUGCAAAAAUGUCUAAAAAUCUGUUUUCGCUUUGUUAAUAUGGGGUAUUGUGUGUAGAUUAAUGAGGGAAAAAUAUUUAUUUAAUCCACUUUAGAAUAAGGCUGUAACGUAACAAAAUGUGGAAAAAGUGAAGGGAUCUGAAUACUUUCCGAGUGCGCUGUAUGUUAGCUGGACUGGUGCUGGAGCUGCUAAUCUGGCCAUAACAGGGGCUUUCAUUACGCAUGACAUGAAACCGGGAAAGUUGGGUAAUUGACACUGAAAUCAACCUAAUGACUCAUAAAACAGGAUUAUAACGGGCAUAUUUAGAGUAAAACACCACCUGACACACACAGGCACAGGAACACACACACAUAUCCACUCAUAUUAUUCACCCUCUGUCUCUGGUAUCAGUGAUGGAGCAGGGUUGGCGGUUGUCAAUUUUAUGUGUGUGUUCCGAUUGUAGUCAUCUGUCCAUCAUUAGUGACAGGCCAUGUGAUAAAACAUGUGAGACAGGUGGUAGACGUCCUCAGCCCUGCGUGGCUUUCCUCUCCUCUCCUCUCUCUGGGUGAAGCUAGUGCUCCAUCAAUACACUCAGUCUGUCACAUUCUUUUUUCUUUCUCCCUCAUCAGACUGGCUCUGCCCUGGAAAACACGACCCCCAAUGUCCCCAAGCCUUUGGAGACUUUGACCUUCAUGCCGGCAAAACUUUUAGAGUCAUGUGCAGAAUGAAUCCGGUGUACACUGGAGAGAGCCCAACCUGA